UUUGUUUCCACAGUCCCUCCCUUGUCUCCUGUAUGCAGCAGCUGCUCCAGAGUCUCUCUCCUGGGUAUCGCCGGUCAGAGGAUAACCAGAGCCUGGCUCUUGAUCCUGUCCUGCUCUUAAUAUUCAGUUCUCUGUGUGACUCAAGGAGGGCCCGGCAGUUAUACUGUGGGGACCAUGUCAGAACGCUUUGACUGCCACUAUUGCCGUGACCCACUGCAAGGGAAGAAGUAUGUGCAGAAGGAAGGGCGCCACUGCUGUGUCAAAUGCUUUGAGAAGUUCUGCGCAAACACCUGCGCUGAGUGCCGAAAACCCAUCGGAGCUGAUUCCAAGGAGCUGCAUUUCAAGAACCGCUACUGGCACGACAGCUGCUUCCGCUGCUUCAAGUGCUACACGUCUCUGGUGAAUGAGCCCUUCAUGCUGAAGGAGAACAACAAGGUGUGGUGCAACAAAUGCACCACCCUGGAGGAGGCGCCCCGCUGCAAGGGAUGCCUGAAGCCCAUUGUUGCAGGUGAUCAGAAUGUGGAGUACAAGAAGACCGUUUGGCACAAGGACUGCUUCACCUGCAGCCAGUGCAAGAGCGUGAUUGGCACAGCCAGCUUCUUCCCCAAAGGAGAUGAAAUCUUCUGUGUCUCCUGCCAUGAGCAUAAGUUUGCCAAGACCUGCGUGAAGUGCAAGAAUGCUAUCACUUCUGGAGGAGUUUCCUAUGAGGAUCGGCCUUACCACGCAGAGUGUUUUGUGUGCGCCACUUGCACGAAGAAGCUGAGUGGCCAGCGGUUCACGGCUGUGGACGAUAUGUACUAUUGUGUUGACUGUUACAAGAACUUUGUUGCCAAGAAGUGUGGUGGCUGCAAGAACCCCAUCACAGGUUUCGGGAAAGGCUCCAAUGUGGUCAGCUACGAAGGUCGAUCCUGGCACGAUUAUUGUUUCAACUGCAAAAAAUGCUCCGUCCCGCUGGCUAACAAGCGUUUCGUCUUUCAAAACGAGCAAAUUUACUGCCCUGAUUGUGCCAAGAAGCUGUAAGGGGUGAUCACUGGGAUGCCAUCUGGGGCCUUUGCUGCAGUCAGUUUUGAACCCGACCCUCCGAUAUGAUGUGUUGCCUGGCUGUGGAUUUUGCAUUGUAGAGGCCCUCUCAUACUUGCUUUCAUAGAAAAUGUAGGGUGAUCUCUUCUCUCUACCUCUUCCUGCCUUCUCCCUGAUGCAUGCUAGUGGGGUUAAAUAAAGCCUCUGUUGUAACAUCUUAGUUGCAGAUAACUUUGCUUUCGUGCCCUUCUUAAGAUGCCACCUGAAGUUCAUGGUAGAGCCUUGCCUAUCUAAAUAUACUUUAUUGCCUGUUCUGCAUGAUUGCUGAGCAAAGGCGACCAGCACGGAUGAAGAACUAACAGUAAAAAGUGGGUGGAUUCACAUGGCUGCUUUUCAAGAGGACUUGCCGGUCUCCCUUCAUGGGGCCGUUCCUUAGGGGAGCCUGCCUUUCCAGUAUUGCAGACCCCAGGCCCUUUACCAUAAACCAAACCUUUAUUUUUAAAGUGGUGUUGGUCUUUCCUUUUUUUGUGCAUAUUCCUGUUGAUUGUCUAGAACCCCUUUCUAGUUACCACAAAACUGUAACACACUGAUUUCCAGAUAAGUAUAUGAUUGUAAUAUGUUCCUUGUUUCAAAAACAUUCCUGUUCUGCGAAGUAGAGGUGCUGUUUCUAAGGAACAGACUCUCCACUUUAUAUAAACAUCCUGCUCUUGCAGUGAUGAACCCCAGUAUCUCUAUCGUCAUCAUUAAUGUUUUUGUUUUUACAGAGUCUCUCAAAAGUCUCCCUCCAUCCAAGGUACUUCAUGUUAUGAGCUGUUGUUGCUGUCACCAUCUCCUUUCCUUACUACUAAUUUUGUCCCCAGUAGGAGAAUUAUGGGGAAGAUUUCUCAGGAGAGCCUUCUGGCUUGCACUGUGGUAAUCUUUCUGCUCCUAUCUCCUUACUCAUCCCUUGCUCUCAUUGCCAAACAGAUACCGUAAGAAGCAUUUUUCUAGAGCUUGUACAUUUACCAGGAAAAUGAAUUCUUUCUAACUCAAUUUCUUAUGGUACAGAGAGCUAAGGGGGAAAAAGGAUAGCUAAAAGUAGAGAGCCAGUGUGGUGUAGUGGUUAAGGUAUCAGACUAGGAUCUAGAAUACCUGGUCUGCAUCCCAACUCUGCCAUAGAAACUGGGAGGCCUUGGGCUGGUCACAUACUCUCAUCCCUGACCAUGGGUAGUAUUUGGAUGGGAGACCUCCAAGGAAUACCAAGGGCAUGAUGACACAGAGGCAGGCAAUGGAAAAGCAUCUCUGAAUGUCUCCUGCCUUGAAAGCCCUAUGGGGCCACCAUUAGUAAACUGUGACUUUACAGCAAUAAAUAAAUACAUUAAAAAGUCAGUUUCUAGUUGCCUACACAUUUAGAAACUCCAAGAGAUCAUUAAAUGCUUACUGAGCUUCAUCUCAGGUCCCAGGAAGGUUAUAUUUCACCCCACCUCACAUCACACUUUAUGAACCCUUCUCCUCUCCACAAUAGGCACCUUGUAGGUGAGUGUGAGAGAGUUCUGAGAGAACUGUGACUAGCCCAAGGUCACCCAGCAGGCUUCGUGUGUAGGUGUGGGGGAAACAAACCUGGUUCACUGCCACUCUUAAUUACUACACCACACUGGUGAAUUGCCUGGGCUGAGUUAAGAGGCAAUUAGUGCUUCCUGAUGGAAUCAGAGCAGAGGACCACAUCAUUUUUUUGCCUACUAUAAUGAUUUAAAACACAAACAUAUAGGUAGCUUAAAAAGAUGAUGUUCAUCACAUUUCCUCCCAGAUCCUGUUACCUUUGAGCAACCUAAAGAGUCCUUGAUUUCAGCAUGCCUUCAACACCCCCACCCCCCGGCCGAUUUGCUAGAUGAAAGGUAAAUAGGGCAAGCUAAUUUACUUAUGGGAUUAUGUCAAUCACCUGGUCAGCACCUUGCAGGGGAUAAAACAAAAUGGCCAUUUGACUCCACUCUCCAUGGAAACCAGAUUAAGUAUAAUGCUUCUAUUAAGCAUGCCUUCCUAAUAAUCCAUAGACAGCCAGUAGGGACAUUAAGCAUAUUUCUUUACUAUUGGAAAAUACAGGAUAGCAAUUGUAUUAGUAGUACUCAGCUUUAAGUGGUGCCUGCCCUUUAUGGCUGUCAUUAGAAUAACCUAGCCUUAAACAUAUUUAGGAAGCUUACUCAUUUAACUUUGCUGGGUGGCCUGCCUGACUAUAGUUUUUGUACUUCUGCAGAGGCUUUUGUCAUUCAUGUUCUGUACAAGCUGAUUGCCUGGAUAGCUUGCUGGAAAUAGGAGGAUACUGUGCAGGUGGAAUAGAGGAGGGUGGUGUGGUUGCAACUAUAUGUUAUCCCACGGCAUUUCCUCAAAUAAACAGUUCACUGCU